AUGACACCCAGUGAUCAAAUGCUGCCACCGAUCGUCAUUACGUUGGAUACUUCUUCGCCGGAACUCGGCGCACCGUCAGCAUCUCCGAUGCCGAAUCCGGUGAAGACACGAGUGCUGUACUGUCGAAAAUGUGAAGGUCACGGAGAGAAAGUGAUCCUGAAGAAUCACGCACCAAGCUGCCCCGCCGAACAGAUAGUUGACUUGACAGAAGACGCUGCUGGUAUCGCCGUCGGCCCGCGUGCUAUUCAUGACUAUCUCGGGCAGGCUCAAUGCAGUAGCGUUUUCACUCGAGUUCGAAUCGUCGGUUUAGAUUGA